AUGGCUUCCCUAUACAAUAUCGAGCCUCCCACCGAAGGCAAAGUCAUCCUCCACACCACAAAAGGCGACCUCGAGAUCGAACUCUGGUCCAAAGAAUGUCCAAAGGCAUGUCGCAACUUCAUUCAGCUAUGUCUCGAGGGGUACUACGAUAACACCAUUUUCCACCGCAUCGUCCCCAACUUCAUCGUGCAAGGAGGUGAUCCCACAGGCACCGGCACCGGCGGUCAAAGUAUUUGGGACGUACCCUUCGAGGAUGAGUUCCACACGAGAAUAAGAUAUAACCGACGCGGACUUGUCGGAAUGGCAAACAGUGGCAAGGACGAUAACGGGAGUCAAUUCUUUUUCACGCUGGGAGAGACGCCAGAGUUAACGGGGAAGAACACGCUUUUCGGAAGAAUGGUCGGCGACACGAUCUACAACCUCCUUCGCAUCUCCCAACUCGAAACAGACGCCGACGAAAGACCCCUCUACCCAGCGAAAAUCACCUCCGCCUCCGUCGUCAUCAACCCCUUCCCUGACAUCGUCCCUCGCUCAACGGCGGCGGAACGCGCAGCACAGGCAGACGCGUUGAAGAAAACUGAAGCGAGGAAGAAGAAGGGAACGAAGAACAAGACUUUGUUGAGUUUUGCGGGUGAGGAGGGGGAGGAGGAAGAAGUUGAGUUUAAGCCGAAGGGGAAGGGGAAGAGUGCGCAUGAUGUUUUGGAUGAUAAGAGGUUGGCGAAGAAGGUCGCUGUGGAUGUGGACGCACUACCAGAACGACAACCAGAAAAGCAAGAGUCGAAGACGGUGGAGGUACAGAAACCUACGCUUCCGAAGAUUGCGGCAGACGAACCUGCGCCUGCGGCUGUACCGAAGAAAGACGACCUCGCCUCUCAAAUCGAAGCCCUCAAAUCCUCAAUCCGCGGUCUCGACAAACGCGACACAGAAGACUCCCGACCAGCAAAGAAAGCAAAAGUAUCCGCUCUGGAAGAGGAACGUGCAAAAUACAUGCAGCGCUCAAAGGCUAUCGUUGGUGGUCGCAAGAGACGGCGUGGGGAGGACGAUACACUUGCUGCUUUGAACAUGUUUCAGUCGAAACUACACACAGCUGCACCGAGCAAGAAGGAGGAGGAGGUGACGCAGGCGCCUGAGAUGGAGGUGCUUUGUGAGCUUCAUCAGGUGCCGAAGUGUAUGUCAUGCUUCGACCGUCUGGGUGAGCAGAAUGACGAGGAUCCAAGUACAGCAAAUGACUGGCUCACGCACGAACUGGUGUUUGAGAAGGAUAGGCUGGGCAAGGAUGGUAGUACGAGACAGAAGAAGGGUGAGGAGAACUUGGUGGUUAUUGAUCCGAGGGAAAAAGCGGCGGCAUUGAAGGAGGCCGGUAAAGCGAAGAAAGACGAACGAAAAGGCGUCUGGAAACAGGAUAGGGGUGGAGGUGGUGGUUACGAUAGGGAGCGGGGGAAAAAUCAUGACAGGGAAAGGCCACGACAUGACGAUCGUGAUCAGGAUAGGCAUAGGGGCAGAAGAUAAAGCAUAAUCGAUGU